AUGCAUGCUCUAGAUUUGCAGUCAAUUAAGUUUCAUGGGGGCAUUAAUGAAAUUCCCCUCCCUCCGCUGCUUUUUGGCUUAAUCCUCUCUGAUAACAAGUUCGAAGGCCCCCUUCCAAUUCCACCACCCGCUCUUCAAUACUAUAUUGUUUCAGACAAUAAGUUUGGUGGAGACAUUCCUCACCAGAUAUGCAAUGCUUUUGGGUUAAAGAUCAUCGACCUAUCCAAUAACAGCUUGACCGGCUCCAUUCCUCAUUGUUUUACUAAUUUUUAUGCCUCUCUAUUAGUAUUGAAUCUCCGGGGAAAUAAUUUUUUUGGUCAGAUACCAGAAAUGUCCGUCCAGAAUACCACCUUGACAACGAUUAGCUUGAGUCAAAAUCGACUUGGAGGCACCCUGCCACAAUCUCUGGCAUAUUGCGAGAAUUUGGAGGUUCUGGACCUCAGUAAAAAUGAGUUGGAGAGCAGGUUCCCUUUUUGGUUGGAAACUCUUGCAAAUCUGCCAGUGCUUGUACUGAGAUCCAACAAGUUCUAUGGUCCGGUGGAUAGUUCUAGCAAAACAACUUCUUCGAGGGAGAUUCCAGAAGCCAUUGGACAGCUAGAGGCACUCAAGGGGCUAAACUUUUCUCACAACAAUCUUACUGGCAUCAUCCCUUCUUCCAUUGAAAAUUUGGCUAAUGUUGAGUGGUUGGACCUGUCCUCAAACCUGCUCACUGUGGAGAUUCCAAUAACAUUGGCACAUCUGUCUUUCCUUUCCUACUUGAAUCUCUCAAUGAAUCAACUAGUAGGACCUAUCCCUUGGAGCACACAGAUGGACACAUUUAAGAGUGAUUCCUUUGAUGGGAAUCGUAGUUUGUCUGGCCAUCCCUUGCCAAAAGCAUGUGGGACUGACUCACAGCAGUCACGGCCUCUAACUUCCCCUGAAGGGUCAUGCGAGGCCAAUGAAAUAGACCACCUGACAGGCAGGACGCCUUCUGAUGCUUGCAAGCAAUAA